AAAUGAGGACGCAUUUGGAGCCUUGGAGUCACAGGAAACACAUUAUUUUCUCUUAUAGACACACCCAUCUUUAUUACUGACUGUGUGAAAGAGUAUGACAACCUUUACAUUCCCUCACAUGCUGUGUGUCGCCGCCGGGAGAUUGUCAUUUUCCUCUCCAUGCGAAUAGGAGUUUUACCCGACUGGGUCACCGACGAAGAGGACACGACUUCAAGCCCAGGUGCUGAGGAGAGGGAAAAAGCGAGAGGAGUGGUGUGGUUUAUACAGGUAAACACUAGUCAUCUCCACCACAGAGAGGCAAGUGCGGAGCUGAGCCGACACCCAGCACGCCUGCAGGCACCGGACCGAUCCACCUGUGUUGUUGUAUCUUCCAUUUCAGCAACCCGCGGGUGGGAAGCAGCCAAUGCGGUCUCGACUGUGGACCGUGCUCGCAGGUCAGAGGAUGCAUAAAGAUGCUUAGUAACUGGAAUAGCAGGUGCUGGAAGAAGGGCGUCCGACUAUCAACACGACUAACCUGUGCGCAUAGAGCCGAGCGCUGAUGUUUGAGCCAUGGAGAAACAAGCUCUUGCAACCGCUCUGAGCUUGUCCAUGAGCGUUGUCUCUUUACUCUUGCUGGUCACCGCUAUCUUCACCGACCAUUGGUACGAGACAGAUACCAGAAGGCAUAAGGAGAACUGCGACAAGUAUGGUUCGGAUUCUAAUGACCAGAAAAACAGGGAGAUGCCAAUAUACCAUUUGCCUCUUGUGGACAACGGCAACUCCAAACGGAACGUGGCGCUUUUGAAGCCGAUUCACGUCGGGAGUAGAGAGGAGGAAUUGCUUGAGAACUGGAGGGCGAUUCUGGGGAUGGGGAUUCUUGAGACAGAAUGUGGGCGUCCGUUGUUCUCCACAUAUUCUGGACUGUGGAGAAAAUGCUACUUUCAAGGCAUGGACCGGGAUAUCGAUAAACUCAUAUCAAAGGGUAUUGCGGACCGAUGCACAACUGUCAAGUACCAUUUCUCUCAGCCUAUUCGGCUUCGAAACAUCCCACUCAACCUGACGAGAACCAUUCAGCAAGAUGAAUGGCAUCUCUUACAUCUGCGGCGAAUCACGGCGGGGUUCCUGGGGAUGGCGGCUGCCGUUUUGCUGUGUGGCAGCAUUGUGGCCACAGUGGGCUUCUUUUGGGAGGAGAGCCUCACCCAGCACGUCUCCGGCCUGCUCUUCCUCAUGGCAGGGAUCUUCUGCACGAUCUCCUUAUGCACCUACGCUGCCAGCGUCUCCUACGACCUCUCCCGGAACCCACCCUUCAUCUAUGGACUGCCCGGCGACGUGGACCAUGGCUACGGCUGGUCCAUCUUCUGCGCCUGGGUAAGCCUGGGACUGACCGUGGCGUCGGGCUGCCUCUGCACCACCUACCCCUUCCUCAGCCGAACAAAGGCCCUGCGCUCCAAAACCGCUCGGGAAUCCUCGGUAUAAGUGGUAUGAUCAGUGUGAGAGAAUUGAGCGCCCCCUGUAGCUUCGGAGGUGAAUUGUUGGUGUGGACGUUUUGUUGCUGACUGAAGACCAAUAUAAGUGGAGACGUUUUAUUUUUUAUGAAACCAGAGAUGAAAACAUAGUGUUUCAGUGAGAUGUGGGAAUCUUGUUGGUCUUUUUUGUAGACUCUCACCAGCCUUUAUCGAGGUGUUAUGCAAAGUGCAGGUAUUAUGAUGUAUUAUUUAUGUUUGUAUGUGCACACAGGUAAACUCACACAUACAUAUGGACCUACACACGUGUAGACAAACACACACACAGUCUCUCUCUGUCUCUCUCUCUCUCUCCAAGACAUGGAGAACAGCAUGAGAGUGAAUAACAUAAAACGAUGCAAAUACCCACACAGGCAUACCACACACACAUAAAACGUGUGUAUAUAUUACCAUAUAUACAAAAAAAGCAUAAUUCUUAUGGGUGGUUUGGUAAGAUUGAAUCAAAUGGACAUUGUAUAAAAAUACUAGUAUCACUUUGAAAGCAAGAACCCUCUUUUUUUUCAGAUGUAAGUGGUACAUUUUCAAAACUCUUAAGUACAAAAUUCUAAACUGAUAACAACUUUGAUUGUGCAAUCAUGAAAUACCAUGUGCACAUUUUGUUUAGUCAGAUAUCAGAUACAUCAGAUAAUGCUAGGCUCACCAUGUAGUCAUUUUAACUACCAUUUUCAGUUGUUGUUUUUUUCAAUCACUUUGGUGCAAUUUUCACUAGUAUGUGGGACAUUUUCACAACAAGCACAAAAAUCAUUUUCAAUUGACUGAGUACAACAAACAAAUUCACAAAGUCACUUGUUCACUGCACCAAAUCACUCUUUCAAUUUGGAUACAUAUUCAAUCUAAGUAUCUGCUUUUCAAAAUGCAAUAUUCACUUUACUUUUUAUAUGAGUUUUUUGUCAGUUGCUAACAAUACAAUAAACUAUCACUUAAUCAAACUGCUCAAAACUGAUAACUACUGAACCACAAUUAUGUACUGCCUAGUUAACGUAUAUAGUUUGAUAACUGUUGAACACUGUAAAUGUCUAUAUGUUUACCUGUUAAAUGUAUCAAUUUGACCUCAAUUUUUGUUGGAAGGUAAAAGCAAAUCAUAUAUGGAUGUGGCUGUAAAUACUACAUCAUUCUCCAUCAGCCAGUGUGCUCCAAUAGGACAAAAGGAAAAGAGUCACUCUAUGUGCUACCAUUUGGAAUUAUAGUGUAGUGUACAAUGCACUGCUGAAAUACCUGGGUUAUAUAUAACAAUACAUUCCACUCAUUAUCAGAAUUUCAUUGAUACACUGUAAGCUGAUUAAUUUCAAGCAGAGAGACAAGCACUACUGUAUCAGUCGACAAGUCCCGUAAAAAAAAGAAGGUGAUCUUGUACAAUGUUUGAUGGGGCACAAAUGGCAUACAACACCGUGCUAUGUUUCUACAGUAGCCAACUGCUUUACAAUAUCCCUAUUUCUGAUGAUUUGUCCUACGUGUGUACUGUAUAAGGAUAAUGAAACUGUAAGACUGACAUAUUUCUCAACAUGCUCACAACCUGCCAUUGGAUACAAGUUAUAGUCAAACACUGUAUGGAAAAUUAUAUUUACCAUCUACUAUUCUUUCUAUUCAGCACUUAAAAAAGAACAGUUUUGAAAUGUGUAUCUUGUAUUUUUUGCUGUUGGAUGAAAUUAUAGUUUAAAUGACUAAAUGGUGAGCCUAUCACUAUUUAAUGUAUUGGUGACAAAAUGAAAUGUUCUCAUGGUAUUUCACAGAAUAUUCAGAGGUGAAAGAUGUGUGAAACCCCAAUGAAUGCACAACCAAAGGUUCUGAACAUAAGACAGGGGGCAUUACAAGUGUUAUCAGUUUAGAGUUUUGAAAAUAUACCACUUACAUCUGAAAAAUGUGCCAAAGUGAUUGAAGAAAAACAAUACAAAAUACACAUUUCAAAACUGUUAUCUUUUAAGUGCUCAAUAGAAAGAAUAGUACUUUUCCAUACAGCAUUUUUUAUUUUUGUCAUUUAGCAGACGCUCUUAUCCAGAGCGACUUAUAGGAGCAAUUAGGGUUAAGUGCCUUG